AGUUCACCGUCUUGAUAACUAAUUGCCGGAGUCCCGUCACCGCUUGCCUUUCCCUCCACCCGGCUUGCCCCAAGAACCCUGACUGUAACUCUAACCCUAGUUGCUUCAUUGCUAUUUUCACCACCCGGAAAACCUAAACCUCUUCCCCCAACCGAUGGAUCCCCACCAUGAUCAUCACGCCGAGAACGGCCGUCAUGACGGCGACGGCUGCGGCGACGACACCAACGGCCCCCUCCCGAAGCGGCCGCGGCCGUCGCCAUCCCACAUCUCCGCCGCCGAGAUCCGCGACGAGUUUUCCCAUCACGACCCCGCCGUCGCCCGCAUCAAUAACGGCAGCUUCGGCAGCUGCCCGGCCUCCGUCCUCGACGCCCAGCUCCGAUGGCAGCGUCUUUUCCUCUGCCAGCCCGACGACUUCUACUUCAACCGCCUCCAGCCCUCUCUCCUCCGCUCCCGCGCCAUCAUCAAAGACCUCAUCAACGCCGACGACGUCGAGGAGGUCUCCCUCGUGGACAACGCCACCACUGCCGCCUCCAUCGUCCUCCAGCACGUUUCGUGGGCCUUCACUGAGGGCCAUUUCAAGAAGGGCGACGCCGUCGUCAUGCUCCACUACGCCUACGGCGCCGUCAAGAAGUCCAUCCAGGCCUACGUUACCCGUGCCGGCGGCCAUGUUAUCGAGGCUCCCCUCCCCUUCCCUGUGACCUCCAACGAAGAGAUCGUUCAAGAAUUCCGGAAGGCGUUGGAGCUUGGGAAGUUCAACGGUCGGAACGUCCGGCUGGCUGUAAUCGACCACAUUACCGCGAUGCCGAGCGUCCUCAUCCCUGUUAAAGAAUUGAUCAAGAUUUGCCGGGAGGAAGGUGUAGACAAGGUGUUUGUCGAUGCUGCGCAUGCAAUUGGGAGCGUCGAGGUCGACAUGAAGGACAUUGGGGCUGAUUUCUACACCAGCAACCUCCACAAGUGGUUCUUUUGCCCGCCAUCGGUUGCAUUCUUGUACUCCAAGAAGUGCUUGGCCUCGUCUGACUUGCACCACCCGGUGGUCUCACAUGAGUAUGGGAAUGGACUCCCAAUGGAGAGCGGGUGGAUUGGCACCCGGGAUUACAGCGCCCAGCUCGUAGUGCCAUCAGUGAUGGAUUUCAUUAGUAGGUUUGAAGGAGGAAUUGAAGGAAUUUGGAAGAGGAAUCAUGAUAAGGUAGUGGAGAUGGGGAAGUUGCUGGCCAAGUCAUGGGGCACUUGUCUUGGGUCACCCCCGGAUAUGUGCCCAAGUAUGAUCAUGGUUGGUCUACCAGGAUGCUUGGGAAUUUCAAGUGAGAAGGAUGCUCAGAAGUUUAGGAGCCUCUUGAGGGAUCAAUUCCAUGUUGAGGUUCCUGUAUAUCAUCAGUCUCCAAAGGAUGGUGAGAACGACAAUCCGGAUCAGAGCAGUUCUGUGACUGGGUAUGUGAGAAUUUCUCAUCAGGUCUAUAAUGUGGAAGAUGAUUACAUUAGACUCAGGGAUGCGAUCAACAAACUUGUUCAUGAUGGAUUCAACUGCACCAUGCUGUCAUCCAGUUAGGAAGUUAGAAUUCUUCUUGGAGUCAUGGUUUCCUGGCCCUCCUGCAGUACCUGGAAGCAUAUGAUGGCUGUUUAGAUGUGAAGAGAUAAUAUCACCCUUGCAAUGCUUUAGGGGCCAUGCAGGAUACUCAGUGCUAUUGAGACUGGGUGUCAUAUUUUUCUGUCAGCAGCUAAUUUUGGGCAUCUAUGAAAUAAAACAUGUUGGUUAAGUUUAAUUUUCUUAAUUAUUGUUUAUCUCAUGAAAAAUCCAUGAGACAGAUCUUGAGGUAGUUACAGUGUGGAUCACCUGCCAAUUUCACUUCUUAACCUACGUAGUUCCUUUUUAUUUUUAUUUUUAUUAUUUUUUUUUGAGUACAUUUAACCUAUGUAGUUUGUUUGUUUUAGGAAAAAUUAUCUAUAAGUUCUUAGAUUGAUCUGGAUUUACUUUUAAGUUUCUGGACUUUUCAAGUGGAAUAAAACCUUCUUGAACUGCUUGAGGAAUUGUUUUUA